AAGUUACCUGUCUACACUUGCGGCUGUAUGGACAACACCCGUAAAACCAAUAAUUUAAUCUUUUGCACAAGCUCUAGCGAUCCAUGAAACACAAUACUUAAACUUGUUUUAGACUUUUGGGCAUACUUAACAAAUCGUAUAGGUCUUUAAAGGCAAAUGGACGACUUGUAAUCUCAACUUUAAAUCCCGGAGUUUCACCUGAAACUUGCAAGAGUUCCUCGAGAACUCCACGCGCAGGACUCAUACUUUCCUGAGGGUGUAACAGGAAGUGUCUUUGAUUUAUCAUGGGGAGUAAAGAGAAAUACCACUGGCAGACGCAGAAUGUGAAAGUGAGUGGAGUGGAUGACAUGGUCCUCCUCUCCAAGAUCAGUGAAGAUGCCAUCACGGAUAAUCUCAAGAAAAGAUACAUGGAUGAUUUUAUAUUUACAUACAUUGGUUCUGUGUUGAUAUCAGUCAAUCCUUUCAAACAGCUCCCAUAUUUCACAGAUCGUGAGAUUGAGCUGUACCAGGGAGCCGCACAGUAUGAGAAUCCUCCCCACAUUUACGCACUUGCUGACAACAUGUACCGCAACAUGAUGAUUGACUCAGAGAACCAGUGUGUCAUUAUCAGUGGAGAAAGUGGAGCUGGAAAGACGGUGGCGGCCAAAUACAUUAUGAGCUACAUUUCUAAAGUGUCAGGAGGUGGACCUAAAGUUCAGCAUGUUAAAGACAUCAUUCUUCAGUCUAACCCACUCCUGGAAGCUUUUGGGAAUGCUAAAACGGUCCGCAACAACAACUCAAGUCGCUUUGGCAAAUACUUCGAAAUUCAGUUCAGCCGUGGAGGAGAACCGGAUGGAGGAAAGAUCUAUAACUUCCUGCUGGAAAAAUCCAGAGUAGUGUCCCAGAACAAUGGUGAAAGAAGUUUCCAUAUAUAUUACCAGCUCUUGCAAGGAGCCACCAAAGAGCAGAGAGAAAAUUUAGGCGUCACCGCUCCUGAUUAUUACUACUACUUAAACCAAUCCGACACCUAUACUGUGGAGGACAUCAGCGACAAGAAAGAGUUUGCAGACACCAUGGCUGCCAUGUCGGUGGUUGGUCUGUCCUUGGAAGAACAGGACACAGUGCUACAGAUUGUGGCGGGAAUCCUUCAUCUUGGCAACAUUGCUUUUAGAGAGGAGGGCAACUAUGCUGUAGUGGAGAGUGAAGAUUUUCUGGCAUUCCCAUCAUAUCUGCUGGGAAUUAAUCAGGACGGUCUGAAGAGCAAACUGACCAGUCGCAUCAUGGACAGCAAGUGGGGUGGCAAGACUGAGACCAUUUCUGUCACUUUAAACACGGAGCAGGCCUCCUUCUCCCGAGAUGCUUUGUCCAAAGCCCUGUAUUCUAGACUCUUUGACUACCUUGUUGAUGCCAUAAACAAGGCAAUGCAGAAAGACCAUGAAGAGUUGAACAUUGGGGUCCUGGACAUAUAUGGCUUUGAAAUUUUUCAGAAAAAUGGAUUUGAGCAAUUUUGCAUUAACUUUGUAAAUGAAAAACUGCAGCAGAUUUUUAUCGAGCUCACACUGAAAGCAGAGCAGGAGGAGUAUGUACAAGAAGGAAUCAAAUGGAGCCCUAUUGAGUACUUCAACAACAAAGUUGUUUGUGAUUUAAUUGAGUCUAAAAAUCCUCCUGGUGUUAUGAGCAUCCUGGAUGAUGUGUGUGCCACCAUGCAUGCUAAAGGAGAGGGUGCAGACCAGACUCUCCUCCAGAAACUUCAGUCACAGAUUGGCACUCACGAGCACUUUAACAGCUGGAACAAGGGUUUCAUAGUGCACCACUAUGCAGGCAAGGUGUCUUAUGAUGUUAGCGGCUUCUGUGAGAGAAACAGAGAUGUGCUGUUCAAUGAUAUCAUCGAGCUCAUGCAGAGCAGUGAGUUUGCCUUCAUCAGAGAUUUGUUUCCAGAGAACAUCGAGGCAGAGAAAAGAGGCCGUCCAACCACUGCGAGUUCAAAGAUUAAGAAACAGGCAAACAAUCUGGUGCAAACAUUAAUGAAAUGCACCCCGCACUACAUUCGAUGCAUUAAGCCCAACGAAACCAAGAAGUCUCGUGAUUGGGAGGAAAGCCGAGUCAAACAUCAGGUGGAGUAUCUGGGAUUGCGGGAGAAUAUUCGCGUACGCAGGGCUGGCUACGCAUUCCGUCGUGUCUUUAAGAAAUUUCUGCAAAGAUAUGCCAUCUUGACCAGAGAAACGUGGCCUCAGUGGCGUGGAGAUGAGAAACAGGGUGUUCUUCAUCUUUUAAAAUCUGUCAACAUGGACUCAGACCAGUACCAGCUGGGCAAGACCAAAGUCUUCAUCAAAGCCCCAGAAUCAUUGUUUCUGCUGGAAGAGAUGAGGGAACGAAAAUACAACGGAUAUGCUCGGGUAAUUCAGCAGGCCUGGCGCAAACACAUUGCUGUGCGCAAGUACGUCCGCAUGCGAGAGGAGGCAUCUGACCUCCUGUUGAAUAAGAAGGAGAGACGAAAGAACAGCCUGAACCGUAAUUUUGUAGGCGACUACAUCGGCAUAGACAACCGUCCGGAGAUCCGUCAGUUUGUGGGUCGCAGGGAGAGGAUCGACUUUUCUGACACGGUUGUCAAAUACGACCGCAGAUUUAAGAGUGUUAAGCGUGACUUCAUUCUCACUCCAAAGUUCCUCUAUCUGAUUGGACGGGAGAAGGUGAAGCAGGGUCCAGAGAAAGGGCAGAUUCGGGAAGUGCUGAAGAGGAAGAUCGAGGUGGAGAAGAUCCAGUCGGUUUCUUUAAGCACACUACAAGAUGAUUUCUUUAUAAUACAUGAGGAGCAGUACGACAGUGUGCUGCAGUCUGUCUUUAAAACGGAGUUCCUCAGUCUGCUGUACAAACGCUACGAGGAAAAAACCAGGAAGAAACUGCCAAUCAAGUUCAAUAACCUACUUGAAUUUAAGGUAAAGAAAGGAGGCUGGGGUCCUUUUGGAUCCGCUGGUUCUCGGCAGAUCCAGUUUCAGGGGGGGCAGGGGGAUGAGGUUGUUCUGAAACCCAGUAACAAAGUCCUUACUGUCAGUAUUGGACCAGGUCUCCCUAAAAAUGCAAGACCCACUCGCCGCGACAAUCGAAAAAGCAGGUACAUUGCAAACCAGCAUCCCAACUCAGGACAGUAUGCACGAGAACCAUCCAAGACUGGUGGUCGAGGAAGAGGAACUCCAUCCUACAUUAGGAACUCUCUGUUACGUCAGCAGUCUUCUAUGGAACAGCCCACCCUACCCCGACAUGGGGGCUCUCGUCGCAGUCAAAAUGAGGGCCAGGUAUAUGCUGACAUGGGCUUUAUGAAGGUUCCUGACCAAGGCGUGGCAGGAAUGCAACGCAGACGUUCAAAAGAAUACAAACCUCUCCCAGGAUCAGGACGACCUAAACCAGCACCCAGACCGAAACCCCGCACGCCACAAUGCAAAGCGCUUUAUGCGUAUGAGGCUCAGGACGCAGAUGAGCUCAGCUUUCAUGUGGAUGAUGUUAUAGAAAUAUUAACUGAAGACGCAUCAGGUUGGUGGACUGGCCGUCUGAGAGGAAAGGAAGGCAUGUUUCCUGGCAACUAUGUGGAGAAGAUCUAAAUUGACGUGCUACUGAACAUGUGAUUCAUUGAUCACACUAACUCGAACAAAACUAGCAGCUGGUUGUGAAGGUGAACGCUACAGCAUGCUUAUACCAUCGAUGAUGUGACUGGAAGCUGUAUUCUAGACCAAAGCAAGUGGAUGUUUACUAAACUGGCCCACCUUAACAUAAAAUGUGUUUAAUCCUACUACAGAACACCUACAUGAACUUUUAUAUGAUAAUUUUUUUUAUUAUGUAAUAUUAGACACAAAUAACAUUCAAAAAAGUAGACAUCCUGACUCGCCAUUUUACCCAAUGUAAAACACUAGGUAUUUUUAAAUGUGUAUUGGAGAAUCAUAUGUAUGUGUCAAUAUUUUAAUGUACUGUAUUUUACUGAAGUUGUAUUUUUAAAGAUCAACAUUUUUACCGAUAUUGUGUAUUGUAUAAAAUUAGAGAAAGUGUCUUUAAAUACUUGGUGAACAAAAUAAAAUGAAACUGUUUGGUUCAAGGUUAA